GUUUUAAGUUCAUUGAAUAUUAUUCCACUCUUACCCUUUCUGGCUCAGUCGCUCUCCUCUCAAGUCUCACUUCACCGUAACGCGCAUGCCUUUGUUUGAAGCUAGCCUUCGUCGAAUUCAAUUUGUUUUCCCUCUCACGCGGUCCUAAGUGCUAACCUGUAUCUGAGAUACAAAAUGCCAAAAGUAAAGACAAACCGUGUUACAUACCCAGAGGGCUGGGAAUUAAUUGAGCCUACUCUCCAUGAACUUCAAGCAAAGAUGAGGGAAGCUGAGAACGAUCCACAUGAUGGCAAGAGAAACUGUGAGACAUUAUGGCCUAUAUUUAAGAUUGCACACCAGAAGAGCCGCUACAUAUUUGACCUCUAUCAUCAAAGGAAGGAGAUUUCUAAAGAAUUGUAUGAAUUCUGUUUAGAUCAAGGAUAUGCUGACCACAAUCUAAUUGCAAAAUGGAAGAAGCCUGGUUAUGAACGUCUAUGCUGCUUGGGGUGUAUGCAGCCACGCAAUCACAAUUUUGCCACCACUUGUGUUUGCAGAGUUCCCAAGAACCUUAGGGAGGAGAAGGUUAUAGAGUGUGUUCAUUGUGGUUGCAAGGGCUGUGCUAGCGGGGACUGAGUGGACAUCAAUUCUAUUAUCAGUUGCCAAAAAGGGGGUUUCUUAGGAUUAUUUUGUUGGUGUUUUUAGCAUUCUCCAGAUUGUGUUAACUAUUUACUACAUGAAUACUAUACUAUGUAAUGAAAAAUAUUAGUUAAUUGUUAACUAUCUGCAUAGUUCAAAAUCUGAAUGGAAAAUGAGUAAACCUUACGAUCUAUUAAAUAAAAAAUAAUUGGUGAAA